UUUAUCAGUAUCAUUCUUCAAACCCAGCGUUGGAAAGCUGUGCACUACAAAAUGUGCUCAUAAAACAUCAGCACAAAUAGUUUGAGUCAUUUUAGUUUUGUCGGUUAAAUUGUUUUAUUUAUUGUGCUCCCGAGUAAUUAUUGCUGAUCAAUUUAUUUAACGAGUUUAUUUAAUACAAUUUUAUCAAAUAGUUCAAGUCAAUCAAAAAUGUUUUUAUUUUAAAUGAGUAUUAAGAUUUUUUUUUUCCAAGUAAAUUGACUAAAACAAUGUUAAUAAAGUUAUUCUUUGUUGUUAGUUGACCUACAUUUCUUUUUUGUGUUUUUUUUUUAAAUUGUUUGUAAGGAGGACACAAUGUUAUGCAGAGGUGUACUUACAACAACUUUAUAGACAAAGUGGAACCUCGAUUUACGAACACUUUUAUUUGCAACCUCUUCUGUUUACGAAUCUUGACGCCAAAUGAAUUAAUUUGGCAUGUCGCUUGAAGCCACCGGGUGCUAGCAUUUUGAUGAAACCACGUCCUGUACACGAGGGCGUGGCCGCUUUGAAGAGGCGGGGCCCCCGAUGUCACGUUGUGUUCACAGCCUGUACACACUGCCGGCCAUUUCCAAGAGCUUCCACGGCCAACGACAUCUAACGUGUGUUUUCCACAACAAUUUCUGUAUCGGGCAGUUGAGUGAAAUUCUCCAUGAAUGUACGUCACAAUGAUGAUGACAGACCAGAUUCCACUGGACUUGGCUCCGCCCCCUCUCUUGAACGGGGAGGUGCCACUCAUGCCUCACAUGGUUAACGGUGACGCAGCACAACAGGUGAUCCUGGUACAGGUGAACCCGGGGGAGACCUUCACCAUCCGAGCGGAGGACGGAUCUCUGCAAUGCAUUCAGGGUCCAGCUGAGGUCCCCAUGAUGUCCCCCAAUGGCUCCAUACCCCCCAUCCAUGUACCCCCAGGAUAUAUUUCUCAGGUGCUGGAAGAUUCCACGGGGGUCCGUCGGGUGGUGGUGACCCCCCAGUCUCCCGAGUGUUACCCCCCCUCCUACUCACCUGCGUUGUCGCCCACACACCACCUGCCGCCCUACCUGGCCCACCCCCACUUUAUCCCCAACUCCCACUCCUUCUACCCGCCCGUCAGCCCGGGCGAGCUGACCCACCAGUACUACCAGCACCACCUGCACCCCAUGUACGGCGACCCCGAGAUCAUUCCCGUGUACGGCAUGUCCAACUUCAUACGUGAGGAGACGUACAGUAAACCUCAGCCCAAAAAGAUCAAAGAGCAAAGACAACUGGAGCGACAGAACAGACUCAACUCACCGCCGUCCUCCUUGUACAAAAGCAGUCUGGGACCCGCACACAACGGGUACAGUAAAUCACACGUCCCGUCGCUCGGGUCAGUGGGGUCAGGGGGCGGAGUCAACUGUCCGAGUGGGAAGAAACCGGAGAGGCGACUCCGGAGCAGUCCACGGAACGGCGAAGCAGAUGUGCACACACAAGAUCAGGACUCGGAGGGGAAACGUGUUCAAGACAUGUUGUCGACCAUCUCAAAACCACAGGUGUCCAGCGUGCAGGCCCGAUCGGCACGCUUGUCUUGGGCGCCCCCCGCAGGCCUGGCGAGCCGCCACAGCAAUGGCGUGCAGGCGUCGUGCUCCUACGAGGUGUUUCUCUCGGACAAAGGGCGUGACGGGAAGUACCGCCUUCUUUACAGUGGCGAAGACGUGGAGUUCCACGUGAAAGAUCUGCGAGCGGCCACGGACUAUCACGUACGCGUGUGCGCACUCUUCAACUCUGCGCGCGGCGCGUGCACGGAGGCCGUCUCCUUCACCACCCACUGCGGCGUUCCUGACGUCCCGCUCGCGCCCAAACUUUCCAACCGCACUAAAAGCACACUCACUUUACAGUGGAAGCCACCAGGCGACAACGGAUCCAAAAUCACAAACUACCUGCUGGAGUGGGAUGAGGGCAAGAAGAACAGUGUUUUGGGGGAAUGUUACUUUGGCAGCCAGCGACACUGCAAGCUCACGCGGCUUUUCCCCGCCUGUGGUUACACCUUCAGGGUGGCUGCACACAACGACAUCGGUGCAAGCGGCUUCAGCCCGGAGGUGGUCUGCUACACCAUGGGCACCUUGCCCGCCCUGCCCCUGGCACCACGUCUGGUGCGGGCGGGGGUGUCCUGGGUGACCCUGGAGUGGGGGCGACCUGAGGGCAGCCCCAAUGAUGAGCAGCUGAAGUACACGCUGGAGAUCCAGGAGGACAACAGCGGGGCAGACUUCCACCCCAAGUACACGGGAGAGAAGGUCAGCUGUACUGUAGAAAGCCUGAAGAGGAGCACGCAGUAUAAAUUCAGGCUCAUCACAUCCAACAUGGAAGGCAAGAGCAGUCCCAGCGAGGUUCUGGUCUGCACCACCAACCCGGACAAGCCAGGACCGCCGUCCGCGCCCUGCGUGGUGGCGUCCACACCCUGCACCCUCACGGUCACAUGGGAUCCGCCUCAGGACGACGGCGGUUCAGACGCGCUCACGUAUUUGCUGGAGAUCUGCGAGGGCUGUUCACAAGCGAGCCAAUGGGAAGUGGCGUACAGCGGCCCAUCAACAGAGUGUGUGUGCGAGCGGCUGUCAGCGGGCAGCGUGUACAACCUGCGGGUGUGCAGCAUCACCACCGGGGGACACAGUCAGUGCGCCACGAGCGUUCCAGUCCGCACUUUAAGCGUGCCGCCGGGGCCCUGCCAGCCGCCGAGGAUUGUGGGUAAAGCCAAACACAAGGAGGUGCAGUUGGAAUGGGACGCUCCUGCCUCUGAGCCCUUGUGCGAGGCCUUGAUGUUCAACCUGGAGAUGAGCGAGGGCGACGCCAAAGCAGCCCAAGUGUUCCAGGGAUCGGAGCUGCAAUGCACUGUGGGUAGUCUGCUACCCGGGGCCACAUACAGCUUCAGACUGAGGGCGGCCAACGAUGCUGGGUUUGGCGAUUACUCUGAGCCAACCGAGGUGACGACUGCAGCAGGUCCUCCUGGCCAGUGUGGGGCGCCACUCAUCUCUCUCACCAGCAACACCUGCAUCUCACUUACCUGGGAGAGUCCAGAAGGAUCCGGCAGCGACAUCUCGGAGUACCGCCUGGAGUGGGGGCGUGAAGACGAGCCCCUGGAGGUCAUCUACUGCGGCUCGGCCACGCAGUGUGAAGUGUGGGAUCUGAUGGCCGCUACUAGCUACUGCUGCAGGCUGCAGGCUGUCAAUCAAGCAGGGGCGGGGCCUCACAGCGAGCAGGUCAGUUUCCAGACGCCGGCGACCAUCCCCGAGCCGGUCUCCUCCCUCAGCCUCCUGGACCUGCCGGGCCAGUCGCGGUCCUCCUCUUUCCUCCUCAAGUGGGAGGAGCCAAUCAGCAACGGGGCGGAGAUCUCCUCGUACAUCAUCUCGGUGGACGAGAGGACCAUCACGCUGGAGCCCACCACAAGUCACCUGGUCAGCGGUCUGCAGCCGGACAGCGAGUACAGCGUGCAGAUCAAAGCGGUGAACGCCAUCGGCUGCAGCCCUUCCAGUCCGCCCCUUCUGGUGAGGACACACCCCCUGCCCCCCACCCCGCCCCCUCUGGAGUGCUCCGCCGCAGGGCCGCAGAGCCUGAAGCUGAAGUGGGGCGAGAACGCCAGCAACACCCGCGCCCUGCUGGCCGACGACAUGUACUACACGCUGCAGAUGGAGGACAAAAACCACAGGUUCGUAAACAUCUACCGCGGGCCGAGUCACACCUACAAGGUGCAGAGGCUGACGGAGUCCAGCAGCUACACUUUCAGAAUACAAGCAGUCAGCGAUGCUGGCGAGGGACAUUUCUCUGAGGACCACACCUUCUGCACCACCAAGUCUGUGCCUCCCGCCCUCAAAGCUCCCAGAGUGCAGCAGCUGGAGGGUAACUUGUGUGAGAUCACCUGGGAAACCAUCCAACCAAUGAGAGGCGACCCUGUCAGCUACCUUCUCCAAGUGUUGGUGGGGCGAGACUCCGAAUACAAACAGGUGUUUAAGGGCGAGGAGGGCGUGUUCCAGGUCACGGGCCUCCAGGUGAACACGGACUACCGCUUCCGCGUGGGCGCCUGCCGCCUCUGCCAGGACACGUGCCAGGAACUGUGCGGCCCGCUCAGCCCCUCCUCCUUGUUUACGCUGCGGCGCCAGGAGGCGGCAGGGGGUGCGGCGGCGGCGGGCGAGCCGUGCGCCGCCGACGGCGCCGGCAAAGCCUCGGGCCUGAUGUCGAGCGACGAGCGCUUCGCGGCGCUGAUCGUGUGCGUCUUGGCCGUCCUGUCCAUCCUCAUGGCCUAUUUGCUGCAGUACUUCUUCAUGAAGUGAGGGAAGCUUUUUACUUUUGUUUUGCUUACAGGAUAGAAAGAGAAACCAAAUCCACCUGAAACCUUUUCUUCUUUUUUUUUAAAUCAAAACACUUGAGACGCUGUUUGUCUAGUCGGCUUCCUCACGCUGGUAAUCAAGACUUAAAACAUCCAGCAGUCUUUUAUUUUGAAAAAACAAAUAUUCCAUUUCCUUUCUUUUUCAUUUCCUUUUUUGUUUGCUGCAGUCCACUCAGACAUAUUCUCAUGUAGGCUCACUCAAAGCUUUAGCUGUGCUUACUGGAUUUGUGCACACACACACGCACACACACACACGCACACACACACACACACACACACACACACACACACACUACACUCGCUCGGUCGCCAAAGUAAUGCAAUCCAAGUGUGAUCUAAGAUGCUGCUAUCCUGUGACGUUUUUGUCUCUUUACUUUUUUUUGUAUCAUUCUGAGUAUGAACAAGCAGUAAUCUAAUAUAAAUAGAUCUAUAUGAAAUAAAUAUAUAUAUAUAUACACAAUAUUAGUAACAAAUAGCUAAAUGCGGUGGACGGUACAAAGCAUACAACAUGUUCCGGACUCCCCCUUUUUUUUUGCAGACACUAAACUGGACCCUUCCUUAUAAAUCCAUAUUUUUAAGGACUCCCACCUCACCACACUUCUUAAUCAAUCCAUUCCCUCUUUUAAAAGGUGCUCUAUGGGUAAGUCAUCAGGGGAGAAUAUUGGCUAACCAAACAUUCUGCCCCCCCUCCACAAAAAAAAGCACGUCAAUGCCAAGGUACCCCCUACCCCCGACCCACCAUACCCGCCAUACUCAUCCAAAGAGGUCGCCCUGACCCGUAUGAAAUACAGUGGUACCUCGUUUUUCCUUGAAUAAUUCAUUCCGACCACAACCAAAUUAUAUAAGAAACCAUGUAAAUCUAAUCAAUUUGUUCCAAACUCCCCAAAAUAUAGAGAAUAAUCAUAGAAAUAGACAUAAAUGACAUUAAUUUGACAUGACUUUCCAUUGAUGGCUAAGAUAGCGUGUCUCACCUUAUCAAAGUGUUUGGACUCACAACUUUCUUUGGCCCCUCCACGGUGGAUUAUUUUGCAGUUAAAACAAAAGGCACAACGGGACUAUCUUUCCACGUGUUUGGCCGUACGAAAAGCGAGGUACCACCGUUGUAGUGUCUUUGAGGCCUGUAACGUACCUCAGGGAAAAGGCCUUAGAAGAAGGGGGGGGGGGGGGGGGGGGGCGUAGGAGACGGACCACCCUCCUCGUCUUCCGCAUUCGCGUCGCAUCCGCCGUGCCUUUUUGCAAGUAGCUCACUUCUUUUUCUUUUUUUUUUUGCCAAAGUCGAUGGGAAAAUUAGCUUCUUGGUAGGGUUUGUUUUAUUUUUAUUUAUACUAUAUAUUUGCAUACAGUGCUUUACAUGCCAAUUACAGUGCAAUCUUCAUUUAUUUAUUGUUUAAAAGAGACAAGUGUAGUUAUAUACUAAUUUUUUUCUCCUUGUAGCAUGUUUUUUUUUUGUUGUUUUUUUUACGUGAAUGAUUUAAGGCCAGCAUUCCUUAUCUCGGCAAUCCUUUAUAAGUAUUUCUCUUACAGUUGUUUGGGAUUCUGCAGUUUAUAAACAUGUAACCAAAUACAUAUGUACUGUUUUGUUUUAUUUUCAUCUCUUUGUUUGGGCCACGCUCAGCCAAGUAGUAACAUCUAGAGAAGACAUGUAGCAAGAAAUGUUCCCUGUAACUUUGGCUUUUUUCUUUUUUUUUGUUGUGUUUUAAUGAAGCUUCAGAUGUUUUAUUUUAGCCAAAGUGCAGGCAGGCAGGCUUCACUCAAUGUUUUGACCAAGUUCUGUGAUAUUCUUCUGUAACACAACAGCAUUAUUAUUAUUAUUAUGUUUAUUAUUAUUAUUGUUACUAUUACUCCCUGAAAAUGACAAAAAAAAAUAACUUGAUCUGUGAUUAUGCUUCUUUUCAUAUUGUUUUAUUUUUUUGGGAAUGGGAAAGCAAAAUGUGCCAUUUUCCAGACGUGGAGGAGUAUGUCACGUACCGGAACUGACGUCACUGUAGAGAGACAAAACGGCUGAAAACAAUCAAAAUGGCGGACGUUGGGUUUAAUCGACAAGUUAUUGUGCUUUUUUUUGUAUUCAGUAUUUGUUUUGCUAAGAGACGAUUUGCAGAGAUAUCUAUAGAGCUAUAGGUAAAUACUUUAGUACUAACCGAGUCGAAGCACUUUUAUAUUGUCGAGCAUUAGCUAGGUGUUAGCCAGCGAGCUAGCGGUCAUUGCUAUAUUUGAUAAAGUUGUGCUGGCGAGCAAACCAACAAAUGAGGUAAAGUAUGAGUUUUUCCAUAAACACUACUUAUUGCCAGUCUGUUACAUUUUUAUUUUUGAUCGCAGCGCCAUAAAGGAUAGGGCGGAAGUAGCAUUCACGGUGACGAGGGGACUGCGCAUGUGCGAUCCAUCCCGCCACAUUUUGAUCGCAGCGCCAUAAAGGAUAGGGCGGAAGUAGCGUCCACGGCGGCGAGGGACUGCGCAUGUGCGAUGCGUCCCGCCACCUGUAUUGUAGACCUGUGUGAAGUUGUCUCCACCCUGUCCUAAACCUUCCCAACUGUCUCAUUUUUCUUACUAACGUUUUGUUGUAAGUAAGUUAAUUUGAUUUAUAAAGUGCUUUUCACAGACAAUCACAAAGCGCUGUACAAAAACAUAGGUGAAGUAAAACAACAAUUCAAUAAAAAACAACAGGAGCAACAUCAUAAAAAGGAUACAACGUGGAUUAAAAAUGAUAGAUAAAAGGUGCAUUAUCUAAAAGCUUUACUAAAAAGACGUUUUCUAAUGUUUCUUUAAAAGUUUCAACACAGUCAAGAUCACGGAGGGACUGGUGCAAGUUGUUCCAGAGUCUGGGAGAUAUAGCCUGGAAUGUCGGGUCUCCACGGCUUUUAAAACCAGUUUUUGGGAUCUUUAGAAGACCCUGGCCUGAAGACUGGAGGCUGCACCCUGAAGAGUAGGGGCAUAACAAGUCAGUGAUGUACUUAAGGGCCCCACCAUGCAACUGAAGAGUAGGGACUGAUGUACUGAGGGGCCCCACCAUGCAACUGAAGAGUAGGGACUGAUGUACUGAGGGGCCCCACCAUGCAACUGAAGAGUAGGGGCAUAACAAGUCAGUUAUGUACUGAGGGGCCCCACCAUGCAACUGAAGAGUAGGGGCAUAACAAGUCAGUGAUGUACUGAGGGGCCCCACCAUGCAACUGAAGAGUAGGGUUAUAACAAGUCAGUGAUGUACUGAGGGGCCCCACCAUGCAACUGAAGAGUAGGGGCAUAACAAGUCAGUGAUGUACUGAGGGGCCCCACCAUGCAACUGAAGAGUAGGGGCAUAACAAGUCAGUGAUGUACUGAGGGGCCCCACCAUGCAACUGAAGAGUAGGGUUAUAACAAGUCAGUGAUGUACUGAGGGGCCCCACCAUGCAACUGAAGAGUAGGGGCAUAACAAGUCAGUGAUGUACUAAGGGGCCCCACCAUGCAACUGAAGAGUAGGGUUAUAACAAGUCAGUGAUGUACUGAGGGGCCCCACCAUGCAACUGAAGAGUAGGGGCAUAACAAGUCAGUGAUGUACUGAGGGGCCCCACCAUGCAACUGAAGAGUAGGGGCAUAACAAGUCAGUGAUGUACUGAGGGGCCCCACCAUGCAACGCACGGAAUGUCAGGACUAAAAUCUUAAACUCAAUGCGGAAUUUAACUAAGCAAAUUGAAGCCAGGAUAAAAUGGGGGUGGUAUGGACUGUUGUGGGUGCACCGGUCAAAAGUCUGGAAGCCACAUUUUGUAGCGUCUGAAGUCUCUUUAGCGUUGACUGGUUGAAGAGGGUGAAAAGAGAAUUGCAAUGGUUGAAGAGGGUGAAAAGAGAAUUGCAAUAGUCAAUGCGAGACGAAAUGAACGCGUGAAUGAUCAUUUCCUGAUCCAAUUUAGACAGCAAAUUGUGAUUCAUAUCCAGCACAACAUAACGACAUUAAAACUAUUAUAGACAAAGAAAAAUACAGCAUAAACAAAUGGGACACGUUUGGGGAGAUUUUUGACUUGGUUGGGGGGGUAGUUAUGAAUAAUAAAAAGUUGAUGUUAAUAAAAAAUUGUUAACAUCAUAAAAUACCUAACAUAAAAACUAUGAUAGACAAAAACAUUGUGCAGCACAAACGAUUGGGACAAGUUUGGGGAGCUUUUGACAAGGUUGGGGGUCUGGUUACCAAUCAUAGAAUGUUGACAUAAAAACCAUCAAACAUUAACAUACAAGACAAAAACAUUGUGCAGCACAAACAAUUGGGACUGGUUUAGGGAGAUUUUGAGAAGGUGGGGCUCUGGUAUGUAUCAUAAUGUUAUCAUAAACAAUAUUUACACACAAAACAAUUUGCAGCAUGAAUAAUUGGGACAAGUCUGGGUUUAUUUUGACAAGGUGGGGGCUGGUUGUGAAUAUUAACACUUGAACUUUGUGUAAAUAACAUACAACUAUAAUAAUUAAACAAGGUUUAUAGCACAAACAAUUGGGACUAGUUUGAGGACAUUUUGACAAAGUUUGGGGGCUGGUUAUGAAAAAAAAUGUCAUUACACAUUAACAUAAAAACUAAAACAAUAGUACAAAUUAUAAUACACAAAAACAUUUUGCAACACAAAAGAUCAGGACUAGUUUGGGGAGAUUUUGACAAGGUGGGGUAGCCAACUUUGCACAGGUGUUGCGUAGUGACGCACAGGUAAUGAAGUGUCCCCUUUAUUUGUUAGUCCCUUUUAGGUUUUUUCAAAUAUCCUUCAAUUAUUGUUGACUCAACCCCAUCCAACUUUUAAGUCCUGCACAUUUGAGACAUUUAACAGGCCUGUGAAGCAACACACUCAUAUUUGUGCCUUCUCACUUGAGUUGUAUUCCUCUUUACUUUUUGGUUUUUUGUUAGGCUUUGUACCUUUUUUACAGCGAGUAGGGAUUUUUUCCAACUGAGAAACGGGCCGCAAUGUGACGCAAACACACACACACACACACACAGGUGUUUAACUAUUUUUUUAAGCGAAAAAUAUAUUUUUACCUCACGAUUUUAAGAAGUGAACAUUCCAAGGUUGUCAUGGUCUACAAAUUUGAGAAAGAGUUUGAAAAAAUAAAAAGUCACAUUUCUUCUUGUAUUGUAAAUGUUAGACAAUUUCAUAUGCAUUAUAUAAAAGAAACUGCCAUAUCAAUUUUAAUGUAUAGAUUUGUUUUUGCAAAUACUACCCUAUGUAUGUAAGACGUAACUGUAUCUGUAGCGUAUAUAUAAUAUAUUUAUGCCCAAUAAAUGUUUAAUUUUUUUCUGA